AUGAGGGCCACGGCAGCUGUCCUCGCGGCAAUGAUUCGCUUUGCAUACGCUCAAGACAGAGACGACAUUCCUAAAUGUGCUCGGGAUUGUCUGGCUCUAAGUCCAUCGGAUCUCUGUCACGUAAUGAAAAACCCCGAUUGCGCUUGCCGCCUCGGAACACGCGAUACCAUGCGUACCCAAUGGGCCGUCUGCACACAGAACUUCUGCAGUUACGAGGAAACAACAUUUGAAGAUGUGUGGCGCCCCUUUGCGGCCUACUGCGUCGCGAAUGGCUGGCUCAAUGCCUCCCAGACGGACUUGAUUUCUAUAGUGACCUUGACAAAAACACCAAUCAUCAUUGUCACACGUACUAUAUCUGCCACUUCCGGCGGCGAUGAAACCCAUACUACCGUGGAACUCGAGACAUCCACAUCAGAGACAGAGGCUGGUUCAACCACAGCACAAGCAGCAACACCGAUGGUGCAAUCGACAGCCCCUAUCGCCGAAAUUACCCCUACCGCCGAACCUACGUCUGCGAUUGAUGGUGACAACAGCGCCUCCUCCUCCGAUCAAUUAUCGACGGGAGUGAAGGCUGGAAUUGGAGCUGGAGCUGCCCUCGUGGCAAUUCUGGCUGUAAUUCUACUCUUUUGGUGGCGAAAGAGGAAGAAGGCCAGCCUGAGUGAUGGUGACGAAGACAAUAUCAUAUCAGAGCUUGGCGGCGGGGACAAAUCCAACAGAUAUGAGUUGGACUCAUACACGACACCAUUGGAAGCCGAUAAGAAGAAUCCUGAGACAUUCUCAAAUCAACAGAAUCAGAUAAUGGCUGAGCUGGACGGAACUCCGUGUGCAUCGCCUGAGCCGAAAAUCCAUGAAACGCAUAAGGUCGCGCCUUCAAUUGAGCAGGGCGCGGUAUCACUGGAGGUCGUGUCCACGAUUUCGCUCCCAAAGUCGCCGCCAUCAUCUGCAACAAGUAGGAUGUCACCGCCUAUGAUUGAAGAUCGUAUCAAUUCCUCGCCGGAGCCCCUGAUUGUAGACAUGGCUGAGCUGGAGCACCUACUACAUGAAGAGCGGCUCUUGAGGGACAGGAGGCAGACGUUGGAGCAGUUGCAACGGAUACAAGCGGAUGAAUUUGCUUUGGGGGAGCGAAUAAGGACUCUGCGGCAAAAUCGCAGCUAG